AUGGGCUGUACUGCACGACUACCCAGCCAUCGCGCUUUUGUCUUGAAUUGGAAGACCGGCAUCGCCAAAGAACCCAGCCUUCCUCCAGUAAAGUGGGAUGCUCUCAAACGGUAUGCUGUUAAGCUAAAGCGCAUGCAAAGCGAGGAUCCAACAUGUUCUAUUACCUGCAACCUCCUAUCUGAAUAUAACAUGGAUGGCCUCCACCUAGUUCGGCUUCUUGAAUUUAAUGGCAACACGAGGUGGAUUGCACGCAUACAGUUGCAUGAAUGCAAUUCCGAAUCAAUCAAACGUCUACUUCAUGAGGUGCACACUCUUGCAUUAAUUCGCGAACGAACUUGUAUCCCUUGUGCCUCAAGUGUUUGGAUAUGA